CCAAUUGAUCAGAGUAGUGUAUAUCUUUUUUUAUUCCCAACUUCAGAUCCCCUCCUUAUGAAUUAGAAGAGUAAUUUAACUAAUAUUGAUCAUAAAGCACAGUCUCUUCAACUUUUUGUUUUUUCCGUUUAGUUUGGGGCGGCAACUUUUGUUGAAGCAUUAAAUUGCACCUAUAUAAAUCCACAUUGCCUUCACUCUUCAUUCUAACAAUUACUCCUCCUUUCUUGAGCCUUCUAUUAUAUACCUUGUUAGUUAUUUCCUCUCACCACUAUUUGAAUUCAAGAUCUUCCCCUUAGAUUUAUCCAAGAUGGUUAUUGCUAAGCUGUUUGUAGUGUUUCUACUAUUGCAAAUGAUGAGUGGCUUCGUAUUUCGAGCAAAGGGUUUGAGUAUGGGCUAUUACAUUAUGAGCUGCCCGAUGGCUGAACUUAUUGUGAGAAAUACAGUCACCAGGGCCUUGCAAGCUGAUCCAACCUUAGCUGCAGGUCUAAUCAGAAUGCACUUCCAUGACUGCUUCAUAGAGGGAUGUGAUGCGUCAAUUCUCCUGGAUUCAACAAAAGAUAACACAGCAGAAAAGGACUCUCCAGCAAAUUUGAGCUUGCGUGGCUAUGAAGUUAUAGAUGCUGCAAAAGCGGAACUUGAAAAAAAAUGCCCUGGCGUGGUCUCUUGCGCCGACAUAGUUGCAAUGGCUUCUACAUAUGCAGUUUUUGCGGCUGGGGGCCCGGUUUAUGACAUACCCAAAGGAAGAAAGGAUGGAAGGAGGUCUAAAAUAGAAGACACAAGGAAUCUGCCUCCGCCCACUUUGAAUGCCUCUGAGCUCAUUACAAUGUUUGGGCAACAUGGAUUUACUGCUCAAGAAAUGGUUGCUUUAUCUGGUGCGCACACACUAGGUGUAGCCAGGUGCUCGUCAUUCAAAAACCGAUUGAGUGAUACUGUGGAUCCAGAUUUAGAUUCAGGUUUUGCAAAGCAACUGACCAAAACAUGCAGCACAGGCGAUAACGCCGAGCAACCCUUCGAUGCAACGAGAAACAAUUUUGAUAAUGUCUACUUCAACGGACUGCAAAGGAAGGCUGGAGUCCUGACUUCUGAUCAAACCCUAUUUGCCAGUGCAAAAACUAGAAACAUUGUAAAUGGUUAUGCCUUCAACCAAGCCAUGUUCUUCUUAGAUUUUCAACAGGCAAUGGUGAAAAUGAGCACCCUUGAUGUCAAGGAAGGUUCCAAAGGAGAAAUAAGAACAAAUUGCCACAAAAUGAACUAAGGAAGAAGAGUACUUUUUUAUGAAGAGAGUUGAGCAUUCAUCUCUUCUUCAUUGUGAAUUAUUGAUGGGUAAAACAAUAUCUGUCAUUGUUUAAUAGAUAAGUUACAUAUAUAAUCUGUUGUCCUUUAAGCUUGUUACUUGUACU